UUAUGAGAAGAGGGAGACGGCCUCUUUUCUAAACUGAAAACACAAAUACUAGCCUGGUCCAAAAUUUAUGUCCUCAUGAAUGUUUCAAUGGUGGGUGUUCAUUCUCCAUUUUUGUUUUUUCCUGUUAUGUGGCUUACUUGCAUUUUGUAUCUGCUCCAUCAGCUAGACAUCAUCAUGAUUAGGAACUCAAAUGGACCUUCAUCAGUAUGAUAAGAUGUUCUCACUUUAUGGGACCUAGACACAAAUGUUCUUGUAGCUGUAAUUGGAGAUACUCUUACAGUGAUUGUCUGAAUAUCAUUAUCUAAUUGUGUUGUGUGUGUAAAGUAGACAUUUGACGUGGAUCAUUGCUGAAAAAUGAUUGAUGGUUAUCAUGCACAUUAAUUUGACAUGGAAGCUUACCGAAAGAGAUGAGGCCUUGGUGCAAAGCAAGAGUGCCAUAGAAAAAGAAACGAUGACCAAGAAAAGGAGGCGGUUGAUUGAUAAACAGCCCGAUGGCAGUAGUGGAGGUUAUUCGCGUGGGAUCCGUGAUCUUGAAACACAACUCAAGCUUUAUGAUGUAGAAAGAAAUAAAAGAGCUAAUUCAACAAUGAGAUCUUGCUCAGUCUCCUCUCAAGGGCUCGUCUCUUUUCUCAACACUUUUCAGCUUAGGAAAUGUGUGAUUGGCCAAGAUGAUGCCGUCAAUGCCAUCUCUCCCGCAUUGGGCUGAAGGACCCUGAUAGACCCAUUGCAGCAAUGCUAUUCUGUGGCCCAACUGGAGUUU